AGUAUCUUCCACGUGAAAUGAUUGUAGAAAAUAGAACAAUUGGUCGCUUUCUAAACAUUGGUUACAAGUAAAAUAUUGAAAACACAGGUUCACCGAAGAUAUUGUUUAGAAUGUUAUGGUUAACCUGGCAAUGCAGAUAGUUUUAAAAAGGCAUUAUGCUCUUAGGAAUAUAUAACAAUUAAAGGUUGCAGUAUGUUUUAUAUGAAUUGUCCUGAGUAAUAGUUAAGCUGUAAAAGUUUAAAGAACGUCUAUAGAUUUAGCACAGUUCAGCAAGUAUGCGUCAGUUCCUGAUUCUUCUUUUAUUUAGCAUAAAAUGUAAAAGUGAAGAACAAUGCAUGCCAAAUGAUUGCAUGCGACCAGGACAUCAAGCAAAAAGCUGUUUCUGCAGCUGUCUACAGCCGGCUAUAGAUGACAUGAGAAAAGAUUUGUAUGUUAGCUUUCCCCGUUGUAUCAAUGCAACAAUCAAAUGUGUGGUUUAUACACUAAGGUUCAAAUUGAAUAUAUUUGAAUUGCAAGAUGAGAAGCGUAAUGAACUAACAAGUAAAAUGUUGGCCUUGCGUGGAAACGAGAACAGUUUUACACAGAAAUUUAGUUUGGACAAUUCCAUUCUGAAGACAAGUUUGAAGAUAGAUCGAAAGUAUAUUAUAUCGGUCACACCAACGUGUACCAUAUGCGAUUUCUGUAGACCCAUAGAAAUAGUACUAGAUGCAAAACACACUGCCAUAUCUUAUCACACAAUGCAAGAGGAACAAACAAGUGAACAGGAAACAACGACAAUCAUUGUCGUAGUAAUUUCAGUUUGUGUAUGUGUUAUUAUUGGUUCUGUGAUUUUUGCUGUAAUAUUUCGACGAAGUCGCAGCAGUCAAAGGCAUGUUGUUUCGCAAGCGGAUAACUUCCUACGUUCUUAA